AUGUCCUCCCCUGAAAUUGCUUCCCUCUCAAGGGGGCAAAUGAAAGCACGAAGCUCCUCUAAACCCCAGAAGUACUGCAGAGUGUUGCCAGGGGGAAGUCAGGCUUGGGAUUGGAGAGAAACAAAAUCUGAGCAUUAUCCUUGUAUGCUACCUGCAGGUGUGGAGGAAGUUAUCAAGAAGGAUGUGCAGAUGCUUGCGAUUGACCAAGGGAUGGGUGAGGUCUUGAAGGUGCCUCCAUCAACUGGGGAGUAUCUCGAAACACAAGGAACUGGUGUGUGGGUCAUCCAGACAGAGCUUGGCUGCCCAGGGUGUUGGGUGGGAGGGCUCUUCUAUUCCACCUGCUGA